AUGGCUUCCGAGUCUCCGAGGGAUGAAGAUUCAUCUCAGCGGACAAGAAAAAGGGCCAAAUAUACACAGGUGGCAUGUAAUGAAUGCAAACGCCGCAAGUUAAAAUGUAGUGGAGGUUCAGUUUGUGCGCGUUGUUCCCGUGAUCAAAAUCCUUGCGUCUAUGCUACCAAUCGCUCUCCUGUUGUCUCCCAAGAGAAUGAACUUAGUGACGACCCAGCAAACACGCGAUUCCGAGCUGUGGACCGACAAUUAGAAACCCUACGCCGGGAGAUGCGAAGUCUUUCCGCACGGCUCCAUGAACUUGAGUCUACUAGUCUGGCACCUCCUCUCAAGGUAUCCGCCGCGCCGAUUACAGGUAGCCUGCAUCGUAUUCUAGAUGCACCCAAGUCACCGACCUAUGUUGGUCCUACAAGUGCCGAGUUUGGCCUCAGUCGCCCUCGAAGAUCCUCGUCACAGGCUGGCGACGAUGUUAUCAUUGAUCGUCGCGGGGAGGAACUUGACCUGUCAACUGGCGCUGCCAGCCCAGUGCCAUCAGAAAGGGGAGCGGAUGUGUCUACUGGGGAUCCGUUGAAAAGCCUCGGAACAGAUGAGGCUUUGCGAUUGGUGCAAGUUUAUGAGGAUACGGUUGGUGUAAUGUACCCCUGCGUCGACUUGGAUGGCGUCCGUGCAUACGCGCGUGAAUACUACCACCAGGACUCCACCACUCGAUUAUCAUUAGAGAAUACGAGACAGACAGCCUCAGAUCAAGAUUGGUUCUCUGCACGUGAUGUUCAGGUGCUGAAGAUCCUGUUGGCAACCGCUCUCCUGGUAGAGUCACAUGGUCGCAGCGAGCGUGCCGCCCAGCUGGCUGACAGCGUGGAGGACCGCUUUGCUAGUCGAUUGAAGAUUGCCGAGGUUGACAUGAAAGAGAUUCUAAUAUUGACCUUGUUGUCAGUCUUUCACUCGUAUCGCGAUGAUGAGGUUAUUGCUGGCCGUUUCAUUAGCAUGGCUAUUCGAGGGGCUACAGAACUAGGUCUUCAUUGUCAAGAAACUUGGCAAAAGACCGGAGGUGUUUUCCCAGGUGAGUUGGAAUGGACAUGGGCGAUUCGACUGUUCUGGUGUAUCUAUGUAUUGGAUCGCAAGUGCGCUUUUGGGACCGGCUUGCCGUUCGCCAUCCAAGAUUCGGACAUUGAUACUAACCUCCCCGAGCCCGGCCACUCUACUCCCUACCUGACUUGCAUGAUCUCUCACGCCCGCCUCAGUACCAAGAUAUGGGGGCUGGUUGUUGGUUGGCCUAAUCGAUCACAAGCUGCCACCUCAGAUGGCUGUGCAUACCUGGAUACCCAGGUUCAGCAAUGGAUUCACUCUAUUCCGUCUGAACUGCGCUUUGAUCCCACCUGGCGCUCUCCAGCGGGAUCAGAGCACACUGACCGGACUAUGAUGCUCCAGGUUCUUCUUGCUUUACAGGCAAAUCAGUUGCGAAUCCUUGUUUACAGACAGAAUCUUCUCAGCGGCGAGCGAAUAGCGGAUAACAUAACUGGCGCAUCAACUGCCGUCGAAACAGCCAAAAGCACUAUACACAUGCUGGACUAUUUCAGUCGGAUAUCUAGUAUCUACUUUCAGCGCCCGGAGCCGUUCAAUUACUUUCUUCUUUCCGCUCUUGCGGUUCUUUUCCUGGCCGUUUUGCAUGCUCCAACGCGUUUCAGCCAUUCCUGUCGGCCCGAGUUCUACACAGCCGUAGACAUGGUCCGACGUUCGGCAACCCGGGCCCGCACGUCUCGGAGAUUGCAGAAGAUAAUUCGAAGUUUGAAGCGCAUCCAAUUGAAUCUCCGAUGGGAUAGUGACCCUCUCCGUCAAUCAUCAAUCAACCGGGCCCAUCGUUUCAACCCAGAUCAUAGAGGCGACAAAGAAGCAACGGAUCUUGAUUCGCAUUCUACAUCCCAAAGCAAGCCAUACUUAUCUCGCAAAUUCUGGGAAACCACGUCACUACCUAACGCACCAGUGUCUCCGCCAGCGCGAUACACUCCCAGCAUUCACCAAGCAUCUGGUAUACCCACCCCUCAGCCUUCAUCCAACUCCUUAUGGGCAAUCUCGCCUGACACUGCAAUUGAACCUGAAACAAAUGGCUGCGAAGACUUGAGCAGUUUUUUCGAGAUUGCGGGCGGAUUCUAUUUUGACCCUCAUUCGGGUUCGGACAUUGCCGCCGGAGUAGAUGUGGGGUUGGCCCCUUCAGGUGACACACGUUUUCCCAAUGCAUUGGAUGCAUUUCAUGCCGAGGAUGAGGCCCUAACGCGAGUUAUGGCGGGGCUGUUGUGA